AUGGCAGAGCAGGAGCCAACAGCGGAGCAGCUGGCCCAGAUUGCAGCUGAAAAUGAGGAGGACGAACACUCUGUCAACUAUAAGCCACCUGCCCAGAAGAGCAUCCAGGAGAUCCAGGAGCUUGACAAGGAUGAUGAGAGCCUGCGCAAGUACAAGGAGGCACUGCUCGGUGCCGUCACUGUGACUGCAGAUCCCAAUGCUCCAAACGUGGUGGUGACCAAACUGACUUUGGUCUGUGCUACCGCUCCUGGCCCUCUGGAGCUGGACCUGACAGGUGAGCUAGGACAGAAUUCCAGCCCUUCUCCCAGGUCAAAGCUGGCUUCGUGUGGAGCCUGGCAGGCGGCCCCGCAGGAGCGCUGCUGGCACGGCAGGCAAGCCCUCCUGGACUCUGAGCAACCCUCUCCCUUCUUUGUAGGUGACUUGGAGAGCUACAAGAAGCAAGCGUUUGUGCUGAAGGAGGGCGUGGAAUACCGGAUAAAAAUCUCCUUUAGGGUUAACAGGGAGAUUGUGUCAGGGUUGAAGUAUAUUCAGCACACGUUCCGGAAAGGUGUGAAAAUUGACAAGACCGAAUACAUGGUUGGGAGCUAUGGCCCCCGAGCAGAGGAGUAUGAGUUUCUGACCCCCAUGGAAGAAGCCCCUAAGGGCAUGCUGGCCCGGGGCAGCUACAACGUCAAAUCCAAGUUCACAGAUGAUGAUAAGACUGACCACCUGUCCUGGGAAUGGAACCUGACCAUCAAGAAGGAUUGGAAGGACUAGCCCUUCCCAAGGCCAAACCCCAGAGAGCGUGAAUCAGACAGUGGCUACCGUAGAAAUCCCCCCCUGUACCAAAGUGCUGACAUUGGAACCCUCUUACCUUUCACUCCCCUGUUAUAAUUUGACCAGAGAGCUCAGUUUUGUAAUGCGCCCCCUCCCCAGAGAAUCGCUGAGUGCAUUGACCAAACCGUGCUGUCUGCAUCUGAUCUCCAGCUGCCCAGCCCGGGGCCGUGCUGUCCCAGCACAGAGGUGGGAGCACUUGCUCCCUCGCCAGGCCCUUUGCUGCUUCUCACCUUCCUUUAUUUGGGUAGGUGCUGAAGGGGAGAGACUCCCGUGCUCUGUGUAGGAUCCUGUGCUUGGCUUUCCUGUGCACAGCUCAGGGUAGCUACUGCCUCCAAGUAGCUGAAGAACUUUGAUGCCAGGCAGCUAUUGAAUCUGUUUGUUGGCUAAAAUCAUGUCCGGCCUGCCCCUUCCACCCAGUCAGUGUCCUGGGAACGCUGGCAGCUUCAUUUGUGGAUGUUCCCUGUAACCAUGAUGCCUUAAUGUGUAACACGUAUCCUCUAGGGAGGGGGCCCUGCCCUUGUUACACUUUUUAAAUGCCACCCACCCUCCCCCUGUUUGUUGGCAUGGCACUCAUCUUGGUCACGCCCCUCAUGGUUUAUUAGGAAAGAUUCACAACUUCCCGCUUUGCUGCUGGUCCGUUCUUCACCCGAGACGGGACAUCUCCAGAGGGGAGGGUGGU